AUGGAGACUUCGCGAAGCCUCAGCUUGUGGGAUGGAUCCUCUGGACUGGCAAUUCAAGUCUCAGUAGUAAACAGCACGAGCGUCACCUGUCCGGGACCAGUGAUACUCGAGGUGCUUUCCAAUCAGCCUCUUCCCACCAACACACCUCUGACGCUGCAAUUCCUCUCCCGAGGUCUCCUCACCACACGUUCUGCCACACUCAACGCCGACUACACGUGCACACCUCACGAUAACGAUUUCGGUCAUUACACGUGUGGUGCAGAUGGCAGUAUCACCUGCCUGGUAGGCUGGGGCGGCGACAAUUGUCAGACACCAACUUGUCCGACAGACAGUUGUGGAGUUGGUGGGCUUUGUGUUGGUCUCGGUCAGUGCGCCUGCAAACCAGGCUGGAAGGGGGAGUCAUGUGACAUCUGCAUUCCUCGUGAAGGCUGCAGACAUGGUGUUUGUGUUAAUGGAAACGACUGUGUUUGCAAACCUGGCUACGCCGGUUACCUGUGUGAUCAAGCUGCAGUCACGUUCGAGGAGUUAACCACUUCCGCUGAAGGUUAUAACGGGCGUGAUGAGGAAAGCGUCAGUGAUGACUCUAGAGCGCACGUCGCUACCAACAACAACACACCUCCACGUCGGACAGUCUUCAAGCACACUGCGAAAUUC